AUGUCGCGUGGAGUUAGUGGCACAGGGCUGAUCUUAACCAUCUUUGCAGUUCUGCAGCCUCUGACCUGGCCCCGGCACAUACUGCGGUCCCCAUCCAGGGCGCUCACUGUCAGAGUAAUUUACUGUGGCGCUUGAGGCUCCAAGUGUAAGUAUCUUAAGCUCAAGAAGAAGUUAGAAGAUGAUGUCCCCAAAUGCCUGGACAUCUGCGGCGAGGGGACUCCCCAGGCCACAUGCUUCUUUGAAGUGAUGGUACCAAGGAAGUUGGUUCACUCCAAGAAGAGAGGUGAUGGCUACAUGGACAAGGAGAGCAAAUUUCUGAAGCUGGUGGCCGCCAUGAAAGCCAGCUUGGCUCAGGGCUAA